UUGCUUCAGAAACCCAGAUCGAAAAUGUCGACUACUGUUGUCGGAAACCAAAAUGCUGCCGGCAUCGAUCGGGACUCAGCAAGCUUCCCUCUCACACAGUGGGGCGACCGCUUUCUCGACCAAGUCGACCAGCAGAGCCUUCAACUGGUCGGCGAAAGCGAGUACGAUGUUCUCAAGGAAGAGGUGCGGAAGAUGGUCACAGCCGAGGAUGACAAUAAGCUGCCGGCCAUUAUCGAGAAGCUUCGGGUGAUCGAUGCAGUCCAACGACUAGGUGUUGGGUAUCUCUUCGAAAAGGAGAUCGAGGAAGCACUGGAAAAAGUGCAUGCUCUUGGUGACGAACCAUUCACCAUCGUAGACAACACCACUGCACAUCUUUACAAUGCUGCUCUUCGGUUUCGACUCCUCAGACAACAAGGUCUUCCAGUGUCUUCAGAUGGAUUUAGAAAGUUGAAGGACAGUGAAGGAAGGUUCAAGGAAUGGUUGGCUUCCGAUGAGCAAGGGCUCCUGAGCUUGUACGAGGCAGCACAUGUGGCUGUCCAUGGAGAAGGCAUAUUGGAUGAAGCCCUGAGCUUUGCUACCAAAACCCUCAAGUCCAUUCUUCCCCAACUCGGCACUUCAUUCCAAAAACAAGUCAAAUUUGCUCUUGGCCUUCCGUCUUGGAAAUGUGUUCCUAGAUCACUUACAAGGAACUACAUCGAUUUCUACUCCGAGGAUGCUUCCCAUAAUCACAAGCUCCUUCGAUUUGCAAAGUUGGACUUCAACUUACUCCAAAAGUUACAUCGCCAAGAGCUCCACGAAAUUUCUGAGUGGUGGAAAAAUCUGAAUGUGACUACCAACUUCCCACAUGCAAGAGACAGAGUUGUGGAAUGUUAUUACUGGAUCUAUGCUGUUUAUUUUGAGCCCAAAUAUCAGCUAGCAAGAGUUAUGUGCACCAAGAUCAUAUCAAUGCUUUCACUUUUAGAUGACACUUGCGAUAACUUUGCUACAGUUGAAGAGGUCAAGAUGCUCACAGAAGCUAUUGAAAGUUUCCAUGUGCGCGCUCUCGAGACAUUACCGGAGACAAUGAAGAAUUUGUUUCGUAUCAUCAUUGAUUUGUAUGAUGAAAUUGAGAUAGAACUUUCAAAAACAGGACCCACCUUUGCGGUCGACUAUGCUAAGGAUGAGCUCAAGAAAAUAUGCCGAGCCCACUUGGCUGAAGUUCAGUGGCGUACCAAAGACCAUGUUCCAACACUAGAAGAGUAUAAGAUCGAUGCAUACGUCACUAGUGGUUUUCCCAUUCUUUGCACAUCUGCUUUUGUUGGGAUGGGAGCAGAUAUAGCCACUGUUCAGGCCUUUGAAUGGGUGACCAAUGAGCCAAAGAUGGUUAGAGCUGCAUCUGUCAUUUCUAGGAUCCAAAAUGACAUUGUGUCUCACAAGUGGGAGCAGGAGAGAAGUCAUGCGGCUUCAGCAAUAGAAUGCUACAUGAAGGAGCACGGAGCAUCGGAAGAGGAAGCAGUUGAAUUUUGUUGGGAGGAGAUUUCUAGAGCUUGGAAAGACAUAGCAGAAGAGUGUCAGAAACCAACCCCAUUGCCAGUAGCCUUGACAGAUCGUGUUCUGAACUUUGCACGCUCCAUUAGUGUGAUUUACGAGAAUGGUGAUGGCUAUACUCAUUCUCACCUUUUGAAGGCACACAUCUCUUCAUUGUUCGCUGACCCUGUGCCUCUUUGA